AUGGAGAGCAACAUGAUCUGUGACCCGUCCUCCCGACAGCCUCACCGGGCGGCUCUGAUUCUGGCCCGCGGUGGCAGUAAAGGAAUCCCCCUGAAGAACAUCAAGAAUCUGGCCGGUGUUCCUCUCAUCGCGUGGGUUCUGAGAGCUGCCUUGGAUUCAGAAGUCGUUGACAGCGUGUGGGUUUCCACGGAUCAUGAUGAGAUCGAGCGCGUCGCAAGAGUCUGGGGCGCAAAAGUUCAUCGGCGCAGUCCUGAAGUUUCCAAAGAUUCGUCCAGCUCACUGGAGACCAUCAAGGAGUUCAUCCGACUGAGACCCGAGGUGGACAUCGUCUGUCAUAUUCAGGCCACGUCUCCAUGCCUCCACCCUCAUCACAUCAGAGAAGCCCUGCAGAUGAUCACUGAACAGGGCUGUGACUAUGUGUUUUCGGUGGUUCGUAGACACCAGUUUCGCUGGGAGGAGGUGGAUAAGAAAGAUGGUAAGAAUCCGACAUCUCCGAACCUUGACGUGACGUGCAGGCCUCGACGACAAGAUUGGCCUGGAUUAUGUUGGGACAGAGGCGCCAGCAUGCACGACACUACGAUAUUUCUUCAGAAGCAGAUUGUGGAGACAUUUUAA